CUGGGAGAGAAACACAGCACAGCCUCGGCCUGCAGCAGCAAGGCUAGCUAGUUAAGUAGCAUGGAGUCUUCAAAGCGAGACGCGAGUUACUAAAUUCACUGUAUUCUGAGACACACCAGCCUUUAGCGGUGCUGACACAACAUGGAAACCUGGAACAUCUCAGCAAAUAGGUGAAAAUUCAACUUGCAAGGAUAAUAAACUAUUCCUACAUCUGGCUAGAGCUGUGCUCAUAAUUGCAGAUUGAAAAGGGAUGCCAUCAGCAUAUGGACAAAUUAAUUGCAUCAUGGAAAAGCCGAAAUCUGCUGUUGCUUCAGCACAGUUGGUUGGAGAAUCAAGUACUUUUAUCUGCACCGAGUGUGGUGAUGGAUUCCGCCAGUACUCUAGUUUGCUGGUGCACAUGGCCAUUCAUGGACCUUUGGAAUCAUUUUCCUUUGAUGGCUCAUCCAAUGGAUUUGAAAUUCCUCGAGAAUAUGUGUUACAAGAAAAUGGGACACUGACAGUUGUGAAUGGCUUUGUGCAGUCACAUUCACCUAUAAAACCUUCAUCUCCUGGAGUUCUGCCAUCGCAUUUUCCCUACCCCCCCAAACCAGUGUCUCCAACUCUAAGGCCACAGCCUAUUGCUCAAAGAGAUGUGAUCCGACCAAGACCACCAGACUUGAACAUGGACAAAUCUCGUCAGGGCCAUUACCGCUGUGAAAUAUGUAGUAGAUCAUUUAACAGCCUGCAAAGUUUACAUCGUCACCAGCAGUAUCGAAAUACAGAGCUGGGUUACAAGUGUACUUUGUGCUGUAAGAUUUUUGAAGGUAGGCAGGACCUGAAGAAACACCUCCACGACCACACCAAUGACAGGUUUCACUGCUGUGGUCAUUGUGGUAAGCGAUUCCUCAAAGUGGAUGCAUUGAAUACUCAUCACAAAGAAAAACAUGCCAAUACCAAAGCUUCAGCAUUAGGUAAAUCUGAGAGCAAACAAGGAAACAAGUUGGAGAAAUCUUAUCCUUGUAGGAAGUGCAAGUUAAGUUUUUUCUGGAUGUCAGAUUAUCAGGCACAUUCUCUGUACCACUGCAAAGGAAAAGAGCCUACAGCUACUUUUUCAUCUGAAAUUGAAGUUCAUUCUAAGAACAGAGACACACCACUUGAAAACUGCUACAAUGGCAAGUCCAUCAACAUAAAGAAUGGGGAUGUUAAAGUCUUUAGGGAUACUAGUGAAAAAAAUGCCCUUGAUCACUCUAUCACACCAUACAGAUGUGGUUUAUGUGGGGAUCGUUUCCAAAGGUUAACAGCUCUUAAGGAACAUCAUCGCACACAUCAAACACAGGAGGAAAUAGAUCAACUGAGUCAAGAAUCACAAAGAACUUUCAAACGGAAAAUACCAACAAAAGGCAGGCGUAGAAGAUCAAGUAAUCCAAAUGGAAAAUUGCAUCCUUGCAAACACUGUCACCGUGUUUUUAAUCAUUCUAGUAGUCUCUCUCGGCACAUGAGAUACCACAAGGGUACAAUGCACACAUGCGUAUUUUGUGGUAGACACUUUCCACAGCGCUGCGAUUUGAGGCGACAUAUAGCCAUGUACCACAAAGCUGAAUUGGAAAAGAAACCUGGUUUGAAACAGCUUUAUACAAAUCCACAAAAUGGGCCUGAGCCAAAUUCUCUUAAUGGUGAGAAAAUCACAAGAUCCCCUCAACAGAAAGCUAAGAGUCCCUCUGCUAAUGAACAAACUGCAUCACAAGAGCAGCAUCCAUUGGGCAAACCAUCUGGCAAAGCAGGUCGUGGUAACUACAAGUGUGAGGAAUGUGGAAAGAGGUUUGGGCUGUUAUGCGUGUACCAACGUCACUUGCGUUACCACAAAAAGGAACCUUGUAAGUGCCCCAGGUGUCCAGCUCAAUUCAUGAAUUCUUCAUCCCUUGAACUUCACCUUCAAAAUCACCCAAGCACUGGGGAAGCAAAUGCUGUUGGUGAAACAUGUCAUGGCACUGAUUCCAGAGGGGUCCAUGCUGUUCUAAAGGGUAACCAAGAGGACAUUGAGGAUGAUAUGGAUACUACACAAAAUGAUAAAGCUAAUUCAUCUGAGGCCCUUUAUGAAUGCACUGAGUGCACUGAGACGUUCUUAUGCUUGGAGACAUUCCUUCAGCACCAAACUUCUCAUGGCUCUGAAAACAAUGGGUAACUAUCGUAUCUAACCUGUUACUGCUUUUGCCAACAAUCAUGUUGAAGAAGAUGAGCAUUUUUGAUUGUUUUGAUUGCAAAGAUUUUUGUACAACUUCGAAGAUUAUGAUACCAUUUGUGAUUA